GGGGCGGCGGCGGAGCGCGGGCUGGGAGGCCCAGGAUGGCGGAGAGACCGGAGGACCUGAACCUGCCCAACGCCGUCAUCACCCGCAUCAUCAAGGAGGCGCUUCCUGAUGGAGUCAAUAUUUCCAAAGAAGCCCGGAGCGCGAUCUCCCGAGCAGCGAGCGUGUUUGUGCUCUAUGCAACAUCAUGUGCAAAUAACUUUGCCAUGAAGGGGAAGAGGAAAACCCUGAAUGCUGGCGACGUGCUCUCUGCCAUGGAGGAGAUGGAGUUCCAGAGAUUCGUGGCCCCUCUGAAGGAAUCCCUGGAAGUUUACAGGCGGGAGCAGAAAGGAAAGAAAGAGGCCAGGAAAGAUAAAGACAAGAAGGCAGACUCGGAGGAGCAAGAUAAGAGCCGAGAGGACGACAAUGAUGACGAUGAUGAAAGGAUGGAGGAGGAAGAACCAAACGAUGAGGAAGAGGUGGACAACUGAGCUGGCUCGUGGGCAGGGGCUGGGGUGUGCUCAGAGGGAUGUAAAGGCUGAAAACUGACCUUGCUGCA